AUGCAGGACAGUAGGUAUUUUCUCGUUGGCAGUAAUAACGCACAAACGAAGCAUCGUGUCUUGAAGAUUGACCGCACUGAACCACGAGACCUCGUCAUUAUUGACGAUAAGCAUGUUUACAGUCAACAGGAAGUGCGGGAGUUGCUGGGCAGGUUGGAUCUUGGUAAUCGCACAAAGAUCGGACAGAAGGGUUCCUCUGGUCUCUCCAGAGCUGUGUCUGCAUACGGCAUUGUGGGUUUUGUCCGCUUUCUGGAGGGUUACUACAUAGUGUUGAUCACCAAACGCCGUCGAAUGGCGGACAUCGGCGGUCAUUCUAUUUAUAAGAUUGAAGACACAAACAUGAUCUACAUUCCCAAUGAUUCAGUCCGAGUCACACAUCCCGACGAGGCCCGGUAUGUGAGAAUCUUCCAGAAUGUGGACCUGUCCAGUAACUUCUAUUUCAGUUACAGCUAUGACCUGAGUUACUCGCUGCAGUAUAACCUGACGGUGCUGCAGAUGACCUGUGACCCCGGAGAGAGCGAGGAACUGAGCACCAGCAGCAGACAGGACAGCUUUGACAUCUUUGAAGAGGAGGGACUCCCCACUCAAGUUGUUCACGGUUUGAAAAAUGAACCCUACGCGAAAUAUGUGUGGAACGCUCGUCUGCUGGAAAAAGUGAAGGACAUCGUGCAUCCUGAUUGGCUGUUGUACAUCAUCCAUGGAUUCUGCGGCCAAUCCAAGUUGUUGAUUUAUGGCAGGCCGGUGUACGUCACCUUGAUCGCACGCCGUUCCAGUCGCUUUGCAGGGACGCGUUUUCUCAAAAGAGGAGCCAACUGUGAGGGCGAUGUGGCGAAUGAAGUGGAGACCGAACAGAUCAUCCAUGAUGCCUCCGUCAUGUCAUUCUCGGCGGGCAGUUACUCAUCCUGUGUGCAGGUCAGAGGGUCGGUUCCUCUACACUGGUCUCAGGACAUCUCCACCAUGAUGCCCAAACCACCCAUUCGCUUGGAUCAGGCUGAUCCGUAUGCUCAUGUCGCUGCUCUUCACUUUGAUCAGAUGUUGCAGAGGUUUGGAUCUCCAAUCAUCAUCCUGAACCUCGUCAAGAAACGAGAGAAGAGGAAACAUGAGAAGAUCUUGAGUGAAGAGCUUUACCCCGCCAUCACCAACCUCAACCAGUUCCUCCCGCCGGAGCACGGCAUCGAGUACAUCGCCUGGGACAUGGCCCGAUACACCAAGAGUAAACUGUGUAACGUGUUGGAUCGACUCAGUUUGAUCGCUGAGAAUGUGGUGAAGCGGACGGGUUUCUUCGUUAAUCGACCCGAUCUUUACUGCCAUACGUUACGACCCGAUGAAAGGUGGGGAGAUCUUGGAGGGAAGGUCACACCUAAGGGCAGGUUGCAAACUGGCGUUUUGAGGACAAACUGCGUGGACUGUCUGGAUCGAACGAACACGGCUCAGUUCAUGGUGGGCAAAUGUGCUCUGGCCUAUCAGCUCUACGCACUUGGAAUGAUAGACAAACCAAAACUUCAGUUUGACACAGACUGCGUCAGAUUAUUUGAAGAGUUGUAUGAAGAUCACGGCGACACGCUGUCUUUACAGUACGGAGGAUCUCAACUGGUGCACAGAGUGAAGACGUACCGUAAGAUCGCGCCCUGGACACAACACUCCAAAGACAUCAUGCAGACGCUUUCACGUUACUAUAGCAACGCCUUCUCAGAUGCAGACAGACAGGAUGCUAUAAACCUCUUCCUGCAGGUUUAUCAGCCGUGUGAAUCAAAGCCUCAUCUCUGGGAGCUGCCCACCGACUUCUACCUUCACCACAGUAAUACCAUGAUCCUGCCACAGGAAAGGCACAGUUACACGCACUGGUGGUCUGAUGGAGUGCUGUUGUAUCUCCCGUUACCGUAUGAUGAAGCCGAGUGUGAGCAGAACAGGAAGAAGGUUUCAGUUAAGCAUGUGAACCGAUAUGAAGAGAGUAUUGACAUCUACACGGAGUUCUUCAAACCGUACGAGCUCACCGCGUUCGAUGACACAUUUAGCAUCGCCAUGACGAACUCCAUGAGGGAGUUCAUGCCGAAGACGGUAGGGCUCGACCCGAGUCCCUUCACUGUUCGUAAACCAGAGGAGAGUGCAAAGUCAGUGCUCAGUAAUAAGUCGAGUAAAGAGGAAGCGGUGUUACAGAGGAAGACGGCCGCCAGCGCUCCUCCUCCUCCCACUGAAGAGCAGAUCUCCAGCAGCUCGGAGGACGACUCUGAGGAUGAUCGAGAAGACGACGGAACCGCCUCCCAGCGCUCCACACCAAUCAAACUGACUGAGCCGGCCAACAGUGUUCGCACACAUGAGGAUCAGCCGCAGCUGCAGCGUCUGCCGCCGGUCAAAGAGACGUACGGACUGAAUCUUUUGGCGUACCCCCCUGAUGAAGACCUCCUCAUAUAUCACAGAUUUGCUCAUCUGGGUCAGAACCAGCACAAGGUGGAGAGACGAGAAGACACAAAGAAAUCAGAAAAUGUCAUCAGCCUAGCUCCAGUAUCAUCCUUCCCAUCGGACAGUAUUUAUGAGGCUUCAGCUCCUGAGGUGGACAUCAAGAGCCGAGAGGUGUUCGAUUCCCAUGUUCAGACGGGUCGGGGCUGGGUCAGAACUCUGUGUCAGGAGGACGUUCUCAUAUACCGUGAAUACAUCAAAAACAGAUACAUGUGAACCAUCAGAACACAACCUGAAUCUCCAAAGUCUGAACUUAAAUAUAAUAUAAAGCUUCCAGCCGUGUCUAUUCCUUUACUUCUUUCUUUCUUUCUAUUUAUUUUACAGUUUUUAUUCAACCUCAAACCUCUUUGUAUUUGUUUACUUGUUUUCCUUUUAUCAACAAAAAAAUAGACACAAAAGUUUGUUUUCUCUGAAUUGUAUUUAAUUUCACAUUGUAAGGUGCAUGCAUUUCUACAUUUGUAAAUGUUAGUAGGUUUUAGCUCACCUUCAUUCAGAUACAGAUUAUUAGAACAUUAAUGUUUGCUUAUAAUAAAUGUUAAUGUGGUUGGUAAAGAUGAGUAAUUUGACAGUCAACAUGUAUAUCAUUUCUUUUUCUCUUUAAAAUGCAGUCUAAAUCAUUCCUCAUGGAAAGUAAAAAUAAUCAUAUAGAUAUAAUAAUCACAUAUGAGAUAUAAUUCUAAAGCUAGUUUAGUACUUUGCUGACAUCUUAAAACAGUCUGUAGAAGUGUUAAGACGUGUAAUAUGUUUCUAAAACUUUUGCGAGAAAAGGAACAUUUGACAAACCUGUGGUUGGGAAGGUUAAGUUAGCUGUUUAAUGAAGAUGACAUCACUGUAAAUAGAUUGUGUUGCAUUGCUUGGUGAAGAUGCAAUGAAAUUCGAAUCCCGGACGAGCCCCCACUUAUGUUUACUUGUAUGUAAUAUAUUAGUUAAUAAUGAUCUAACAAAGGUUUGCAGAUUGCAUGUAUUCAGUGUUGGUAGUAAUGUACUACAUGUAAUCUGGAUUAUGUAAUCAGAUUACAAAAAUCAAGUACUUGUAAUUAGUUUACAAGGGUGGUGGUAAAGAAUCCUAAUAUAAUCAGAUUAGAUAAUCUAAAAGAUUAUAUUACUGAUUACAUAUAGAUAUGAUAAUCAUAUAUGACAUUCUGAAGCUAGUUUAGUACUUGAUGAUGUCUUAAAACAGACAUGUCAUUAUUUUUCUAAAACCUGCGAGAUGGGGAAAGUUUUACAAACCUUUAGUCGGUAAGGUUAGCUGUUUAAUGAAGACGAUACGUCUCUGUAACACAAUCAGGGUCGGGGAGUAAUGGAAUACAUGUAACAGGAUUAUGUAUUUAAAAUACAUAAUAUUAGAAACUGUAUUCCACUACAGUUACAAUUUAAAUCAUUGGUAAUCAGAAUACAGUUACAUUCAAAAAGUAUUUUGACUACUGAAUAGAUUACUUUCAUAUUAUUGUCUUUUGUUUCCUUUAAUACUUACUCUAUUCAGUUGGAAAACAUUUAUCCAUAUAAAUGGUGCACUUCAUAAAGAGUUUGAACAGCGGUGAAAUACUUUCUUAAGAUGCAUUACAUUCACACGAGCAGACAGAGAAGUAAGUUUGGAGCAGCAGAAGUAUAAAUAAAUCUUGUUUAAAUUGUCAUGUGAACAUAUAGCUUUAUGCUAAGCUAAAAUGUAAAUUUCUAGCCAUUACAAGCACCUGUUACCAGGCACGAUCAUAUUUUUUCUGUUAUGAAAAUCCAUGUUAGAUCAUAAUUUGUUUCUCUAGUAAGACUUUGGAUAUAUUGCAAAAAUCGUAUUCUUGAUGAGAAAUGUUUGCAUUGUUUAUCUGUAAAAAUGUCCUUACAACAAAGUAAAUGUGCUUUAUCUUGUUUUAGAAGCUUCACUGCAUAAGAUAUUUAGGCUUUUUUCAGAGAAUGUAUUUUUAAAUUGUAGAUUUUGUCUUGCUGUACAGGCAGAUUUUUUCACCUGUUAUUAAAUUGUUUCUAGUCAAAAUAAGUGAAAAAAAUCUACCAGUACUGAAGUAAUCCAAAGUAUUUAGAACUGUAGUGGAAUACAUUUUAAAAGUAACCCUCCCAACCUGAACACAAUGUAGUAACAUCGCUUGUCUGAUGAAGACAUAAUGCAAUUUGAAUCCCGGACGAGCCCCCACUUAUGUUUAAUUGUAUGUAACAUAUUAGUUAAUAAUGAUCUAACAAAGGUUUGCCAGUUAUAUGUAUUCAGUGUUGGUAGUAAUGGGCUACAUAUAAUCUGUAUUAUGUAAUCAGAUUACAAAAAUAAAUAAUUUAGUUUUACAAUUGGUUUCCGUAAGUAAUCAAAUAUAAUCAGAUUAGAUUACCUAUAAAAUAAAAGUGUAAUAUAAAAGAUUACAUUACUGAUUAUUUAAAUGUUAUUUGUGUAAUUUGUAAUGAGAAACAGAUGUAGUAAUCUACCUAACACUGAGUAUAAUUUAUAUAUAAUGUAUAUAAACAUGACUGCCACAGCCUGCAAAAAUACAACCUCUCUCCCUCCUCCAGUUUGGUUUAUUGCCAUCUGUUGUAACUGGUUCAUCUAUCUAGAGUCUCUCUCUCUCUCUCUCUCUCUCUCUCUCUCUCUCUCUCUCUCUCUCUCUCUCUCUGCAUCUCGUUUCUGUGCCCAUGUGUCGCAUGAGUCUCAAUCCAGUGCAGUCAUUGCUGUAGAAAUGAGGCACAUGCAACUACAGCAGAUGGAACUCACACAUGCACGCACACUCACUCAGUAAAGUGCUGAUGAUUAUAUGCUUAUUAAAGCUCUAUUUAUCUCUGGACAAUAAUGAGACAUGGAUGAAAUGUAUAAAAAUGUGUGUUUUCUCUUUCUCUGCAUAUACAGUAUGUGGCACUGAGUGUGUGUCAGCUGUGAAUAGUAUGUAUUUAAAAGUGAAAAGAAAUAGUCUAUUGAACUCUGAGCUGAAUCUAUUUAAAAAGAUUGUAAGUAUUUUUUUAAUUUCUGCAGGCUUUGCCUGUACUUCUAGAAAUGUGAUUAUAAUUUUUUCAUUCCAGCAGUUGCUGGAUCAAAGAAUAGAAGAA